AUGGGGUGGCUUACUCGUAACGCUACUGCUCGCCUCGGCAUUCGCAACCACGUGCCGUUAGCCGAACGGGCGCACUUUGGCCAGCACAAGACAGCUAAAACACUGUUCGACGCUGUAGUUGCUCGUUACUCCUCCCCUGCCAUUGCUGCUCUCGGCCGACUUAUAGUGCCCUACCUUUUUCCCGAGCUGUCAGCCUUUCCCAUAGUCGCCGACCUCAUCACCCACCUUCGCACUAGCGACACUCUCUACCGGGCUGCGCUGAAAACUGAGUUUCUAGACAAGAACCCUUUCCCCACGUACAUCACUCCUUACUUCCUCGUCACCCGCAUUCCUGACUCUCUUCACGCAGUGCUUCUCGUGGCACUCCUCGCACUCCCUUCUUUGAGGGGUGUUCCCCCUCCCCCCUUGCCCCCUCUGUCGCUUCUGCUGCUGCUGUUGACUUCCUUCGUGCUGAGGAGGUCGGGGCUGCGUCUGCUCCUAGUGGGAGGCGCCGCAACGGCAAGGGCAAGGGAGGCAAGAGUGGUGGAGGUGGCAGCGGUGGAGGCGGUGGUGGAGGUGGUGGUGGCGGUGGGGGUGGCGGUGGGAGUGGUGGUGGGAGUGGAGGCGUCGGUGGCGGCGGUGGUGGCGGUGGGAGUGGUGGUGGGAGUGGAGGCGUCGGUGACGGCGGUGGUGGUGGUGGUGGUGGCGGCGGUGGUGGCGGCAGUGGGAGUGGUGGCAGCAACAGUGGUGACGGUCGUGGUGGAGCCGUUCAGAGGGGAGAUUCUGGCGGUGGCUAGAGGCAACAGCAGCCUCUGCGCAAGACCCUUACGCCCCAGCAACUUCGUGAGUGCUUUGCUCAGCAUGGGGCGCCUGGGGGUAGUGUUCGCUACCCCUGAUGUGCCGCCUGACCCAGGUAUAGAGGCUGCUGCUCUAGGUGCUAGUGCAUCUGCUCUCUCUGGUACUGCGCCUGCUAAGGCCUUGCACACCUUCAUGCUUGACUCAGUUCUUGCACGCUCCUCCACUGUUCUCCCGUGUCCGGCGGUUCCGUCUGGCUCACUGUCAGGUCUUCACCUCCCCUCGUUCUCUACGAACUUGGUGAGUACCGCUGCCCUCCAGGAUGCGAUGGUCACUACCAGCACUUCUGGGGGUCAUCGUGUGGCGAUUUGCACGUGUACACGGACGGGCCGUCACCUGGCCACGUUCACACGUCGGCCUGGGUCGACUUUGUACACACUGACUACUGAGCCUACUCCGGGGGCUGUGUCAGGUCAGGUGUCCGCGUCAGGUCAGGUAGCAGCCCCCGGUUCGUGUCGCCUCCGCACGCACCAGACUCUCCUUUCGCAUCACCACCUUGGUCACCCCUCCCUGCCACGCCUCCGUGGCAAGCAAUCUCGCUUCCUUGUCUCUGGUCUUCCCAGGUCUCUGCCUCCCCUCCCGUCCUCGCCUGCCCUGUUCUGCCUUCCUUGCGUCGAGGGGCGGCAGCGCGCCGCUCCUCACUCCUCCUCGUUUCCCCCGACGACUGCUCCCCUGCAGACUCUCCAUAUGGACGUGUGGGGCCCCGUCCGCGUCCGUGGACAUGACCGCGAGCGAUACUUCCUGCUGGUUGUUGAUGACUACUGUCGAUACACCACGGUCUUCCCCAUGCGCAGUAAGGGGGAGGUCCCUUAUGUCUUUAUCCCUUUGAUCCACACUGUUCGUCUCCAGCUUCGCGAGCAGUUCCGUCAGGACCUUCCUGUCCUGCGUCUGCACUCUGACAGGGGUGGUGAGUUCUCCUCCGACCUCCUGUGGGACUUUUGUCGUGGAGAGGGUUUUAUCAAGUCGUUCACGCUUCCGGCCUCCCCGCAGCAGAAUGGGAUUGCUGAGCGCCGCAUUGGCUUAGUCAUGGAGGUGGCUCAUACCUCCAUGAUCCAUGCAGCUGCUCCCCAAUUUCUGUGGCCGUUUACGGUCUGGUCACUUCCGACACCUCUGGUCCAGCUGAGGGGGGGUGAUGUUGCUGCUGACGACGCGGCGGCCCCUGGCCACUCACCACGCUUGGAGACCCCUCCGGGUUUUCUACCUCAACCGUCUUCGCCGCCUCUGCAGCCGGUUGCUGUCGACUCUGGUGCUCUUGGGGGUGGUGUUCCUAGAGGUGCUGAGUCUGGGGGUGCUGAGCCUGAGGGUGCGGAGCCUGGGGGUGCUGAGCCUGAGGGUGCGGAGCCUGGGGGUGCUGAGCCUGAGAGUGCGGAGCCUGGGGGUGCUGAGCCUAGGAGUGCGGAGCCUAGCGGUCUCGUCGGCGAGAGCCUCUCUCACCACAGCAGCUGCGCGAGUGGUUUGCUCGGCGCACCCGCCUUCGGAGUGGCACGGCUGGAGCUGAAGGCCCUGCCGCUGGAGGCAUUGACGCUGGAGGCGCUGGAGCUGGAGGCGCUGGAGCUAGUGGCCCUAGAGCUAGAGGCCCUGGAGCUGGAGGCACUGGAGCUGGAGACGCUGGAGCUGGAGGCGCUGGAGCUGGAGGCGCUGGAGCUGGAGACCCUGGAGCUGGAGGCGCUGGAGCUGUAG